UGCGGUAAGUGAAAACUCGCUCAAUCCACAACAGAAAUGGGAGAAUUAGCAACUUUACACCAGCUGUUUCGAACAGACUAAUCGGAUUUUGCAGUUUCGCGCGAGUUCCAAGUGGUUAUCUGGUUCUAAACAACGUAAACGAGUUCUCUAUAUACCGUGCGUAAAUGUAACGCUUGGAUCCUAGGGGAUCCUUUACAAUUAGGAUCUUAUUGAUUUGGACGGGCUAGACAUUAGUGGAACAAUUUUUGUGGAAAAUUCCUGACAUGGAUGAAGAUCACGCGGACUCUGCUGCACCUGCUGGAGGCGUGCAAGUCACCAUGGAGACAUUGCCAGAGGAGCUCCUCUCCCAUAUCCUCAGCUUUCUCUCCCUGCCUGAACAGCUCAAGGUGGCAUCAGUGAGUCGGCAGUGGCACCAGUGUGUGAUCGGUUGUCUGGCUCGCUACCGGUGCUUCACUAUGGACUUGAUUCCUAUCCCUGCCUUCUGGUACUACACCAAUGAACGGCUAGAGAGAGUUCUGUCGCACCUGCCUGGGCUCCGCCGCCUGGAGAACGUCAAAUGCCAGAAUGUCGGCGACGACUUGAUGUGGUUCUUCAACAUCGAACCGGCUGGACUACUAGACGCAGAUAUUUUGUGUCGCCAUUGUCCGCUGCUGGUAGAGGCCAACCUGCGUGGAUUUAAACUUGACGUUCCUGCCCUGGAACGGCUCUGCCUUGGCUGUCCAGGUCUGGAGGAGGUUACCCUCCCCGCGGCCUGCGACGAAGCUUGUGUCGAAGUAGUGCUGCGCGGCCUUCCCAAACUCAAGACCCUAAACAUCGACCUCAAAAAGCUGACGGGAAAGUUCUUGUCGCUACUGCCCGCUAAUCUGGAGCGGCUCGAGAUGCGCGGUGUGUUCAAACUGCUAGAAGAGGAGCUGGAGAGGGCACCCAGUUACACGACCCUGGAAGAGCUGGACAUCACGGGUCUCAAGAACGCAUCAUGCCCCGCACUAGUCAAGCUGCUCUCAGUGUGUCCGCAACUGAUGAUGCUCGAUGCGUACGGAUCCGGUAUCACCGAUGCCUUUCUGGAACAACUCCCGGUGAAGAUACCCGGUCUCCGCGUUCUCCACAUAUCAGGAUGCGAAGGUCUCUCUGAGGCUGGCCUCCUCAACCUGGCCCGUCUGAAGGAGCUCCGCUGGCUGGAUCUGUUCGACACCAACACCACCGACGCGGUGCUGCGGGGGCUGCUCAGCGCCACCCGACUGUCCUUCCUGGCCGUGGGGUCACACUGCGACAGACCCAUACAGUCGACUGAGGACGUCCUGUGCGACCUGGUGCUGGCGCUGCCGUCGCUGCGUGAGGUGCGUCUGUCCCGCGGCAUUUGGAUAAACGACGUGAUCAGUUUCCUAAACGGCAGGCUACCGCACCAUCGCAACGUCACUCUGUCUCUGCCCACCAGUGCCACAUCGAAACUGUACGAUGAACCUGAGGAGGGUGACCCCCUGCGACUGGAGAUCUACCCAGACUAGGUUCCUGGAGCACCGUCACAAGCCGUCGCGACACCAGCAUCGCGCGCGGCGUUCGGUGGCGACGCCGAGCAUGAUCUCAGGGUGAAGCAGCGAGUGUUCAUUCGUCAAGCAGUAUGCUGUGAUUCACGGAAGUUCGGCCAUCUCACAGAGAUGGGGGCGUGAUAUCAAACUGUGUAUAAGUGUUCCUUCGCCCAGCAGUGCUGUGAUUCAGGGACUCGGUGGUGAAAUGGGCGUGAUUUCAACAUGUGUUUAAGUGUUCCUAUGCUGCGAUUCAGAAGCUCUUUGCCUGUGCCAUCUCACUGCACCCCGGAAGCUCGGUGGCAGUGUUAGGUGUGAUUUCAACCUGUUUUUAAGUGUUCCUAUGCCGUGAUCCAGAGAAUGGGUGACAGUGAUGGCUGUGGUUUCAAGCUGCGUUUAAGUGUUCUUAUGCUGUGAUUCAGAGGCUCGUUGCCUGUGCCAUCCCACUGCACACUGGAAGCUUGGUGGCAGUCAGAUAGGUGUGAUCUCAGCAUGUGACCCCCAAGUGUCCUCCGUCAGUGCUGUGAUUCGCGAACGACGAAAAUAUUGUUUGAAGGAUCGUAAUAAACAUUGUUUCAUUUAA